GGCUCUUCAUGGCGGCACGUCUAUGUUGAACAAUGGCAUUUUGAGUCUCAGUGAUGCGAAGACUCGUACGAUCUGGACUGGCGAUGCCGUUCACCAACUCGCAGUUUUAGAGAUGUCACCUUCAGAUACCAUUGGGAUCCACCAAGGCGUCGUCUUGGCUCUCGUAAGCUCCAAUCUCCCAGGGGAGGCACACAAGAAAUUCGUCCGGAUGUACAGUCUUUCAAGUUUGUGCAACUUGGUGACGUUAAUGGUCAACCAACCGGAAACGGUUCCGGUCGACCUUGGGCGGCCAACUGGCUGGGCUAGUGCACCGCCCCAGGCGAAGCGACACCGACCAGCUAGCAGUAUUACCCGAAUUUUGUCCAUUCUCGAAUCCCCAUCUUCUCAAAAAGAACGACGGGCAGAUCAGAGAUAUUCUAAUCUGGCUACACCCUCAAGCUCACGCCAUUCUCGAGCCUCUUCAACACCGUCACACCCUAGCUCGAGUUUAUCGUCUGGAGACCCUGCAUGGGACAUAAUAGACGAUUUACCACUCAAAUGGGCUAAGGACUAUCUCCCUCUGGCACCGGCAUAUCUAAAACUAGCAGAUGGAAGUGUCAGCAAGUUCGAGCUUUUCCAGACAGACGAUCGAUCGAAGAAUGGUCCUUCAGUGUUAGCCGUUGGCGCCAAGAAUCACAUAUACAUAUUCGAAUCUGGGAAGGGUGAAAGGGCAUUUCGUUUUGCCAAAGAACUAUACACCCCGUUCACGGUGGCUCAUAUGAGAUUCGUUUACCAAUCUACAAACGAUGGGCUGCUCAUGUCUAGACACACAGUGGGCCCUGGAGCGUACAGACAUAAUCGAAACCCGUCGCUAACAGAACUCACCGAAGCCCGAUCUAUUUCCCUUCGUGCAUCCUGCACAUCGAAAACUGAAGAAGUUUUCAAAACGUCCAGUGUUUUUGCUUCUCAACUUUGCCUUUUCGUCUCUUUUGGUGAACGUGCAGCAAUCAUUGGGCUAUCUGACUCUGCUGUAGAAGAAGUGUCACUACGCGACGAUAUUCCCCCUCCAGUUUCACGACCAUAUAGCUGCGAUCAAUCCCAAGAUCCAGCCACCGUCGGCCCUUGGCUCCCCAUCGCAUACCUUAAAUUCCCGUCACCACCAACUUCAAUCACGAAAAACGACCCAGAAGCCAUAGGUAUUUUCACCGGGAGCCUCGAAGCGGUCUACAUUCUCACCAAAGGCCGACGAACGCAUAUCCUCCGAUCUCCCUUGCCUAACCCUGCUUCCUCGGCCAAAGCACUUAUAGAACUCACAUGGAAAGAACAACCUUCUGAAGUGAAACCCCGAACCUGUAUACAUACCGAGCUAUUCAUAAAUGCUGCACCCGAUUCUCGCAAUACGACACAGCAACUCCAACUCCAAUUAAUGGCAUUUAAUGGCACAGGGAUCGAAGUCAUCGAAGUUCCAAUUUCCGCCAUCCAAGCCGCUGCACAGGGUGAAAUCGCAGGUCAAAUGUCCCUCCGGGGGAAGGGGAAGGGAAGGGCACUCCCUGCACCUCCUGGUGUUGAAUAUGUUCGAGCCAAAAUGGAUCUUGGCGGUGAGGCUACCUUCCUCGCAACCGGAGGACAGUGGGAUGGAUUUAAGGGGUUAGGAAGACUUGAACGGGCUGCCAGCACGACGAGCAGUGUGUUUGGCGAAGAUGUGAGGGAUAGGAGUGGAGUCUACGCAUGCUAUGAGAAGGGGCCAAACGAUUACAGAGUGUUUUUUAUAGGGGAUUACGCUCAGGGAGACGAGUUGGUGGAGGAGAACGACGGCUUUUAAGCACUUCCUUCGGAUUAAGUAUAAUUUUCUUGCGAACAUCUCAUGUUGCUAUAACACACAUGUAAUCACUCGUAGCGAAUUGAUUAGGAUCCAGGAAAACUAGA